AAAGUCGCGUCUCCCUCAAUCGACUGUUGGCAUCGAACCUCACGAGCCAACACCAAGACAUCACCACUGCAGCUUCGAACCCGCCACAGCCCAGAUUUGCCGUCUCAAGCGCACAAUGUUGAGGCAGGACUUCAACCGUAUCGACCCCAAGAGGCGCAAUGUCCUCGAUCAUCGCAAGAAACAGUUUGCCGACCCAGCCUACAGAGAGAACGUGUACCCCCACCGCCUCAACAUCUACGCCACGCCACCCACAGCCGACAUUACACUCGAGCAGUUUGAGCAAUGGGCCAUUGAUCGCCUGCGUAUACUAGCAGAGCUCGAAGCAUGUUCUUUUCGAAACAAGUCAUUUCAGGAGACGUUGGCGCACAUGAAGCCUCUGCUUGACAAGUACCUGCCUCUGGAGUCAAACACAUCGUCGUCUACGCGCCUCGCCGCCGAGAGGCAAAAGGAUCACUACAGCCACUUCAUCCUCCGCCUUGCCUUCUCUUCCACUGAAGACCUGCGCCGCCGCUUUACCCGCGUCGAGUCAACGCUGUUCCGCCUGCGACUAGAACUGGACAGCCCGAAAGAGCGCAUGGAAUUCGUGCAGAGCCUCAGUCUCGAUUGGGAGCCUGUCCCGACGGAAGAGCGAACGGCGUACAUGGCGGAACUGGCUGCCAUUAGCGGCUUCCGUAAGGGUGCUGUGGACGAAGAGACAUAUUUCAAGGUUGACUGGGAGCGUGUCCCCGACCUUGUUGAGAGCCGGCGUGUGUUCCUGAAGAGCGGCAAGGCAUAUGUGCCGUCCAAAGAACUGUCUAGCAUGGUCUCUGUUGAGUUCACGAAGAGGUUAGAGAGAGCCCUCGAGCUGACUGCUCGAGCCUUACCACGUCUCGACGAAGACGAUCGAUUGACGCCAAUACUCGACCACCUGUCUAAAAACUUCGUUACGCCAGACUCAUCUUACAGCAGCGGCACUUCAGACGUGCCGGGCGCCGACAUUAGCGCUCGUAAUAUCGACAACCUCUCCACACAUUUCCCACUGUGCAUGCAGCAUUUGCACAGGUCGUUACGACGAGAUGCCCAUCUCAAGCACUUUGGACGCCUGCAAUACACAUUGUUCCUGAAAGGCAUUGGUCUCAACCUCGAGGAGUGUCUGGUCUUCUGGAGAAGCGCCUUCCACAAGGUCACAGACGAUCAAUUCAACAAAGAAUAUCGGUACAAUGUCCGUCACGUAUAUGGUGAUGUUGGAGGAGACUCCAAUCGUCGUAGCGGCGGAUACUCCCCCUUUUCGUGUCAGAAGAUAUUGACGGAACACCCACCAGGACCCGGCGAAGCGCAUGGUUGCCCAUAUAGGCACUUCAAUCUUGACAACCUGACUGCUUUGCUACAGGGCGUGGGUAUCAGUGACCAGUCUGUAUUGCGAGGUGUCAAGGAGGACAAAGAGAAGCAGAAGUUCCAUCUGGCUUGCAAUAGGGUUUUCGAGCACGUCCACAAGAAUGAGAUGAAGCAAGCUAAGGACGAGGGCAUCAUGACGUCUGCCCAGCUUGAGACCAUUGUUCAUCCCAAUGAGUACUUCAAGCGUAGCUAUUUGCUGAAGAAUCUGGGCAAAGUCAAGAGCGAGGACGUCAAUAUGUCUGAAUAGGUCAUUGUGUUAUCGCUAUGGUGUUGAGGUGCUCAUGAUGAUCGGAAUGGAGGCUGGGAUCGCUGGACAAGAGUCCCAUGGACUGCCAACGCGCACAAGAUCAUUCAUGAUUGAGAUGGGAGCGGAUCAUUCAUGUUCUUCAGCUAUGAUGCGUAGCAUGGGUCGCCGGUUCUGCAGAUAGCAUGAUAUCAGGAAACCGGAAUCCGACGGACGGAAGGACGGAAGGAGUUCAUAGGGAGUUCAGAGUCAACAUGUCGUCUAUUUUAUUGCCGCUGUCAUGACAAAUAACUU